UACUUUUCUUUUAAAAAAAAUCUUUAAACCCUACCCGUCUUCAUCUUCGUUGUUUCUUUCCAUCUCCCAUUUUUGCCACUCGCCGGAACGCCUCCACCACCACGCUGCUUCAGCCUCUCACUGUCACGCCAACUACUGUCUUCUGCUGCAUUCCCUUCAGCUAUUGUUCUCUCACCGUCGAGCAAGAAGGAUGGCAUGGAGGCAGAUUAUCUCCAACCAUAGGUCUAAACUGCAACCAUACUCAGCUCCUUUAUUUGCUAGAUUCUUUUCAAAAUCUAUCCCAUACGUCGUGAAGGUCGGGAUACCAGAAUUUUUAAAUGGUGUUGGGCAUGGGGUUGAGUCACACGUGGCUAAACUUGAAUCAGAGAUUGGUGACUUCCAGAAGCUGCUUGUUACACGCACACUUAAGCUGAAAAAACUCGGAAUUCCAUGCAAACAUAGGAAGCUGAUAUUGAAGUACACUCACAAGUACAGACUUGGACUAUGGAGGCCUCGUUCUGAUGCCUUGAAGGCGUGAUGGGUUUAGCUAUGUUUACGAGGUGAAUGGAAUUGUUAGCUGAUCCUCGGACCUCAGUUUGUAGAACUUUGAAGGAUAGCAUUUCAUUUUCUAAAUCUAAAGCAUAUCCUUAUUUUGCUGCUUUUGAAUUGUUUCUAUUCAUUUACUAACUAUAUACGCAUUCAGUUCAUUUAAGAUCAUGCAUGAAUCUUAAAUCUAAGUAAACUGAGAGUUCAAAUUUAUAUCAUCUGCAUGACCGGAACAAACGAAUUCUGGUAA